AUGGCUACCGGGGCGCAGUCUUUCUAUGAGCUUUACCGCCGUAGCAGCAUCGGCCUCGCUCUGACAGACACUCUUGACGAUCUCAUCAGUGAAGAGCGCAUCAACCCCCAACUUGCCAUGAAGAUUCUCGGUAACUUCGACCAAGCUAUCACUGAGGCGCUCCAGAAGAACGUCAAGGCCCGUCUCCAAUUCAAGGGAAGCUUGGACACAUAUAGAUUCUGUGACGAAGUCUGGACCUUUUUGAUCAAGAACGUGACAUUCAAGAUGGACAGUGGAAGUCAGUCCAUCACGGCGAACAAGGUCAAGAUUGUCAGCUGCAAUGCCAAGAAGCCAGGCGAGGGACAAUAA